AUGUUGGUCGAGCCCGAUUGUGCAGCAUGUGUGCCUGACGUCCCACCAGCGCUAUUUUUCCCCGGCGGAGCCGCAAUUCCCUGCAGCUUUCAAAGUGGAAUGCCAAUCUUUCCGUUGACCGGACAAGACUACUCAGUACUUGCACAGCCAGGCUCGACGUACCAGCAGAUGCUCCUGCAGCAGGCCAACGGUGCAAUGUAUCUCUCACCGCAGCCAAACCAACAGGCAGCGGCAGCAGCAGCAGCGACGGCAGCCGCAGUGCAGUAUUCAGCCCUUCAGUCGCAUCUUGCCGCCCAUCAAAAUGCCGCAGCUGCCACCUUUGCCACACUCCAGCACCACCAACAGUACCAACAGGCCUCCCUCACCGCUCCAUUGGCAGCUGGGGGGCAGACUUCGCAAGCAGCGAUGAUGGCAGCGGCAGCAGCAGCAGUGGCGGCGGCCUCUCAGUGGUCUAACGCCGCCAACACGGCUGCGAAUGGUCACAACUCAUCUGGCACUACGUCAGCAGGUCUACCACCUCCACCACAGCUGACGCCGGCGCCCUCGGUGUCGGUAGGACAGCAUGCCCCUGCAACGCUGGGUGGCGCUGUAAGUGGUAACUGUAAUGGCGUCCUUGACGUCACUCAAUCACCGCAAGUGGCUGCGCUGGCAGCUGCUGUGGCCGCCCAACAACAGCUCGCUGCUGCUGCUGCCGCAGCCGCAGCUUGGAGGUGGUCCUCGCCUUCCGCCGCCGCUGCCGCUGCUGCUGCCUCGCAACACAGCAGUGGUGGUAGUGGUGCUCUCCUCGCACCCUCUCCCUCGGCUCUUACAAAUGGAUCUGCUACAACGCCUACAGGACAGUCCGUGUCACAGACUGCAUCUCAACAGAUCCACUCUCACGAUUUGCCACUACCACCACAACAACCACAUCAUCAACAGCAGCAGCUGGCUUUCCUGCCGAACACUACCACGACAAGCGACUAUAGCACUGACCACAGUGCCCAUUCCUCGGGCCUCAUGGAGUCGGUAGAGCCCAUCAUUCUUGAUGUUUACUCUGGCGCCGGCGGUGGUAUUCCACUGGCUCCGUUGAAGCAGACGUCCCUCUUAUCCGCAGAGGGUCUCAUGGUGGUUGAACACACGGGCGGCGCCUCUGGAUUAAAGCAGAAUGGUGGUGGUGGAGGUGGCUGCGGAGCGGGGGGUCGUGGGGGCGCGGGAUCCAGUCCCAAGAAGCUGACUGCUGCAAACGGUACCACUACCAACACUCGCGCCGCGAUCUAG